UUUCUAUUUCUUGAUCUCUCUCUCUCUCUCCAAAUGACCAAAGGCUCUCCUUCAUUUCACAUAAAAAAUGAAAAAAAUGGUGGAAAUUCAACUCCCGCUUGCUUGGGCCGUCUUCAACUCUCGCCUCCUCCAGCUCCUUCUCUACCUGUGAAUUCUCAGAGUCUUUCUCCUUCACCCCUGCUUGAAUCUUUUCUCCAUCAUCUCGUGAAGUUAUCGCUCUCAGUUGUGCUUAUGGGGUCUGCAAUGUCUGGCCUUGCUGAUGAGGCCAAAGGGCGUUCAGUCCUACCUUCAAGGUCCUGUCUUGGGGACUUGCCAGAGAGUUGCGUCACCUCCAUUCUCAAGUUCUUGGAUCCGCCGGAGAUUUGCCAGUUCGCGUGUUUGAACAGAGCUUUCAGAGAUGCUUCGUCGGCCGAUGUUGUUUGGGAGUCGAAAUUACCUCCCAAUUAUCGUUUUCUGGUGGAGAGAGUUCUUGGUGAAGACCCACGAUGCAUGGGAAAGAAAGAGAUCUUCUCGAGAUUGUGUAGACCCAAUUGCUUUGAUGGUGGCACGAAGGAAGCUUUGUUGGACAAGAUCACCGGAAGUAUUUGCGUGGCGGUUUCAUCAAAGGCGCUGAAGAUAACUGGGAUUGAUGACCGGAGAUACUGGAACCGUAUCCCUAGCGAAGAAUCCAGGUUCGGCACUGUGGCGUAUCUUCAACAGAUGUGGUGGGUUGAAGUUGUGGGGGAGUUUGAGUUCCAGCUCUCGCCUGGCGCAUAUAGCCUCUAUUUCAGGCUCCAACUGGGCAAAACCGUGAAAAGAUUCUGUCGGCGAACAUGCGACCUCAGUCAAGUUCAUGGUUGGGACGUCAAACCAGUCCGUUUUCAGCUGUCGACGGCGAACGGUCAGAGCAUUGUGUCCGAAUGUUAUCUGGAUAAACCAGGGGACUGGGUCCAGUACCAUGUGGGUGACUUUGUCGUUGAGAACCAGGACGCGCCCAUUGGAAUCAAGUUUUCAAUGGUCCAGAUUGAUUGCACGCACACGAAAGGCGGACUCUGUGUAGACUGUGUGCUGAUAUGCCCAGGUGAGGGUUGAAAUGAAUCCGCGGUAUGCUUAGGCAUGUAUAUCAGAGGUAGUAAUAGCCAUAGGAUUGAUUGAUGCUGGUCAAUUGUUGUUUUCUUUCUCAUCGAGUACAGAUCUGACAACACUUCGGUCAUGUACACAUUGUAUUCACGGUGUUUCUGAGGUUUUUUAUUCUGAGCAGUUCAGGCAGGGACAUCAUAUGUACAGCUUCAGUUUGAGGACAUUGUCAUUGACAAAACCUGAGGAUGUUUAGUUAACAUCUUGUCUCGACCAAAU